UUUAGUUUAGUAAAUUAAUGCAGCAAGAAAGUCUCAAGAUCCGGCGAGUUCUAUGGAGGUGAAGAUGGGGCGAGGAGGAAAAUGGACUGGAUCGAGAGAUCACUGAGAGACUUUCCUCUUCGGCUUCCUCGCUGAUCACCAUGGGAAUCCCAGCCCCAUGAAACUUGCCCUUAGCUUCCUUCCCCACUUUCGCCCCGAGCGAUGGGACACCUUCCCUGCAGCAAUAAUAACUUAUUCGUGGGGAAAAGAUCCCGGGAAGCUGGAAUCGACAGCAGCGAAACGUCGACCCACCGGGAAAGCAACGUUUCCGGAACAAUGCAGCAACUGCAUAAGGAGGAUUGCAAAUUCCCUUGGAUAUAACUGAGGAAGACACCCCGGGCGCCCGAGGAGAUUAUCCGUUGGGUUUCUUACUCCCACCCACCCCCAGUUUCCCCCCACAUGGCCAAUAUAUUCUCGUAGCAUUCUGCAUGGUCCAGAAGCCCGGUGCGCGCACUGGGAUCCUACUGGAAGGAAAGAAGGAAGAUUUCUUUGCAGGGAUCUGGUCAUCCAAGCAAAGCUGUUAACACCGAGAGCAGCGCUGGAGUUUAAAUGUCCAUUUCCCCCCUCUCUCUCCAAGGUGCUGAAACGUGGGGGGUGGUUUGCUGUCCAGGGUCCUGAAAUUCCAGCGCCUCGCCCGUCUAUGUUCAACUGCCUCCUCUUCCCCACGCCACCUCUAACUGCAAGGAUUGUGUACAAAAUUAACAAAGAGGAUAUUUUCCACCAUUUUAUCCAGUCUGGUAUUUAUUUAUUUAUUUUUGUUUCUAAGUGCCAAUUCGCUUGUUCUGACGUGUGGACUACAAAUUCAUCCGAUCUGAAAAAAUGUGUAACCUCAAUGCACUUGGAGUCUACCUUUGGGAGACCAUAGUAUUCUUCAGCCUCGCCGCUUCCAAAGAAACCGGAGCAGCAGCCCGAUCCGCUCCUAAACUUAUGUCCCCUUCAGAUUUCCUGGACAAAUUGAUGGGAAGGACAUCAGGAUACGAUGCCAGAAUCAGGCCCAAUUUUAAAGGCCCUCCAGUGAAUGUCAGCUGCAAUAUUUUCAUCAACAGCUUUGGAUCUAUUGCAGAAACCACUAUGGAUUACAGAGUGAAUAUUUUCUUGCGGCAGCAGUGGAAUGACCCCCGGCUGGCAUACAACGAGUAUCCAGAUGAUUCCUUGGACUUGGACCCAUCCAUGUUGGACUCCAUCUGGAAACCCGAUUUGUUCUUUGCUAAUGAAAAAGGGGCUCAUUUCCAUGAGAUCACCACAGAUAACAAACUUCUGCGCAUCGCCAGAAAUGGGAAUGUCCUGUACAGUAUCAGGAUCACCUUGACGCUGGCUUGUCCCAUGGAUCUGAAGAACUUCCCCAUGGACGUCCAGACAUGUAUUAUGCAGUUGGAGAGCUUUGGCUACACGAUGAACGAUCUGAUAUUUGAGUGGCAAGAGAAAGGAGCUGUGCAGGUUGCUGAUGAUUUAACCCUGCCUCAGUUCAUCCUAAAGGAAGAAAAGGACUUGCGCUACUGCACAAAGCAUUACAAUACAGGCAAGUUCACCUGCAUAGAAGCUCGUUUCCACCUGGAGCGGCAGAUGGGCUACUACCUGAUCCAGAUGUACAUCCCCAGUCUGCUGAUUGUAAUUCUCUCCUGGAUCUCCUUCUGGAUCAACAUGGAUGCUGCGCCUGCCCGAGUUGGUCUGGGCAUCACUACUGUGCUCACUAUGACCACACAGAGCUCCGGUUCCCGAGCAUCUUUGCCCAAGGUGUCCUACGUGAAGGCCAUUGAUAUAUGGAUGGCUGUGUGCUUGCUGUUUGUCUUCUCGGCUCUGCUGGAGUACGCCGCUGUCAACUUUGUGUCCCGGCAGCACAAGGAACUGCUCAGGUUUAGAAGGAGAAGGCGGCACCAUAAGGAGGACGACACCGGAGAAGGCAGGUUCAAUUUUUCGGCCUACGGGAUGGGGCCCGCCUGCCUUCAGGCCAAGGACGGCAUCUCGGUCAAGGGAGCCAACAACAACAACACGGCCAACCCAGCGCCGCCCCCUUCAAAGUCUGACGCCGAGAUGCGCAAGCUCUUCGUCCAGCGGGCCAAGAAGAUAGAUAAGAUCUCGCGGAUCGGCUUCCCCAUGGCUUUCCUCAUCUUCAACAUUUUCUACUGGAUCAUCUACAAGAUCGUCCGAAGGGAAGAUGUCCACAAGCCGUGAGCUGGGGAGCAAGGUUCAUAGGUGGAAUUCCAAGAAGAUGAGGAUGGAUGGUGGUUAAAGGCAAGACAGAUGGUUACUCUAUACACAUUACGUGCAAUAGCAAUGCAGUGAUGCAUGAAUUUAAGAAUGUGGCAAUAUCUAUUUUAAAAAACAAAAACAAAGUGGGUGACUUUUAAAACAAAAUAUAUGAACUGAGGAAUAUUACGGGGGGUGGGCAGCGGGAAGAAAGCUUUCGAAAACUUGAGUGGGGUAAGAUUACGGGAGGGGCAAGUUGUUUUACAGCACUGGGAAGUUUAGGAUUGCUACGGCGGCAGUCCAAGCAGUGUAAUAUAUUAAAUAUAUAUUCAUGCUUAAUUAUAAUGCAAAAAUAAAUCCUUUUUUAGCCUAUUAACAGCUUAGAUUCUAAAGCCGAUGGAAUGAUUCAUGAUUCCAUGUGCAAAGAGGAUUGCAAUUACGCUUAAACCAGAAUCUUGCUCUGUAAGGCCAUACCAGUUUCUAAGCAAGCACGCAAAACAAAAGCAAAAACAAAAAAACAAAAAAAGACAAGCAAAAGAGAAAAAAGUCAUAUACUGUAUACUGCCCCCAUGUUGUUCGUGUAUGGUUUGAAGAUGGAAUGAGUUGGGCCAGGGGAUUUUUAAAAAAAAGAUAAGAAAGGAAGAGUCAGGGUCCACUGGGGGAGAUUGAGGAGUGCCAAAGUUGCAUAUUAGAAAGCAAUCGUUUUAUGAUCCAAGAAAAAAGAACCUAUAUUAUAUAGAUAUAUAUCGAUAGCUAGAUAACAGUCUUAUAUCCUUUCAGAGAGUGGUGCAAAUUCAUGGCAUUAAAUCUAAAAUUGUAACUUACAUCCUUGAACAUCCUUUUGGAGAUGUGUCCAUAGAUUUCAGUGAGAAGUUGGUUGCGCCUCCAAUUCUUAAAUUGCAAGAGGUAGGAGUUGUGUUUUGGGGACAAAGACACUCAGUCACAACUCAUACCUUCAGCGAGAUUCACCUCAGUGUGAUCAUGGAGUCAUGAUGAAAUGUGGGGGGUUUUAAAAAAACAAAAACCCAUUAAUCUUAAGACGCUCGCCAUGUUUCUUUAAAUAACAAAAGCAAAUUGUUACUGUGAAAAGCUAAGGCUUUAAAAUGAACCCACAUAAGGAAGGUAUUCUGCACUACAGGAAAGAAGGUGUGUGUGUGUGGUGUGUGUGUGUGUAAAUAGAAGUAACAGAAAAUUAAUUUUAAUUGGUAAACCUGGGGUGGGCUAUGGGAAAGAAUGAUAUAUAUCUAUACAGAAAAGAUGACCAUUAUUUUUUGACAUUUCAUAGCAUUAGUAAUUUUCCAGUGGGAUUGCUAGCCCAACUAUAUUUUUGUAACUCUUUGGUGCUGCAUUUAGCUUUCAUGGCUAGCAAGACACGAGCGAGAUUUCCAUUUGUGCAUUUCUUCUCCCAACCCCCCCCCCCCGUAUGGCUUCCAUCGCUGCUACGUUGCAGAGAAGAAGAAAAGGCCAUGCACAUUUACAUGGACUGGGGGAUGUGACCAGCUCCACAGGGGAAGUUAAAACUGGCAGUGAGGAGCCCUUUGGGGCAGCUGAAUGUUUAGUCAGUGUUUUGGGUGAGGACGGGUGAAAGAGAAGAGGAAGGAUAGAGAUACAGUGUCCUUCAGUAUGGAUCUUCCAGACACAAGCUUGCUGCUUUUGGAUUAAUUUCCCCUUUUCUUGCACUUUAGAAAGUUAACAUGAAAAAAAGAUUUAGUGAGCAGGUUCAGCGGGACAAUCAAUUCGCAUUCAUUGUUGGCCCUGUAUUGGCAAAGAAGAAUAGCCCAAACCAGGGGAGUUUUCCACCUUUCAAUUGCUGUAGUAGACAACGCCAGUCUCUUUCUUGCAUUGAUGUCACCUGUAGCAAACGCAUAAAGCAUGGCUGUCAUUGACACAUAUGUGCAACUUGGAUCCAGCGAGGUUUCACUGAUGUGCUUACAUGUGCAGACACAUGCGGGAAACUCCAGCGCAAGGCUGGGUUUUCCCUCAGCUAGCAUAACACAUGGAGCUGCUCCUAGAGGCAUCUUACACACAGGGUCAGGUCUGCCACACAGGAUGUGUAAGGAAGAGACCCAGGAAACCUAGUAGCGCACAAGUAAAGCAUAGCUUUAUUAGAUGAAAUUGCCCAGAAAUUACAGCCUUUACCCAGAAAGCUCCUUCCCAUAAGCAUAUCUUGUUGUGAGGCUGGAAGAAGUCAUGUUGUGGCAAAAUCAAGCACUUUGUAUUUUCUUCUUUUUCUCAUGGCAAAGGCAAAAUGGGGUGAGGAAGACCCGCUGAUGCCCUCUUACUCAAAGAGCAAUUAAAUGGUGGAAUGGGCCCUGUGGCUUGAAAGUGUCUGGUGGGAAAUGCCGUUCUAUGCAGGAGGGGUAGAUUAUAAGGGAAACCCAGGGCAUUUGCAGGCCUCCCUGAAAGCCUGGUGGCAGGCUGUUCUUUCCUUCCUCUUCAUUCAGAAAGCUGUCUUCCCAAAGAAAGCAUGUACACAUGUGCACACAAACAUAAACAUGUCCCUUUGAAAUCCAAAGCAUAAUAGCUGAGCUGCUGUUACCAUGCGAAGGGCUGCACUCAGAGUCUUGUCUACAGCCCACAAUUGCCACUGGCGUUGAGCUUGCUUGCUGAAUCUGCUGCAGCACAAAUGGUAGCCCAUUGCACAAGCUCUGGGCUCAGGAAGCCCGCUCGCCACCAGGUUGUGGUCUGGAGUCAGUGUGCAGAUGGAGGAGUUCUCCUUCUUCCUCUCUCUGACACGAGGGCGGUGUGUGCAGCUACAGCUUCUCGCACACGUGCAACACAAACACAAAAUCCCUUGGUGCCUCCCCCACCGUUUAUUCUUUCUCAUGUGAACUGGAGUUGAUGUUCACCUUGGCACAAACGCUACAAACCAAGACACAUGAAGCAAUGGCUUGCACAGCUACCUGCCGGCUCUCUGUUCAGACUUGCCUGACUGGGUUUCUCUUUACCGAGCCAAUUUUUCUCAGGUGUGACUCUGAUGGUUUGACGGGAGGUCAAAGCAUGGCUAAAUCCUAUUCUUUGACUAGUCAUUAUC